CAGCUACCCCAAACCCAGCAUCUCCCUGAGAUCCAGCAGGGGGGUCUCCCUGGGGGGAGCUGUGAGCAUCUGGUGUGAGGGGCAGCGCCAGGGCAUGCGGUUCGUGCUGAAUAAGGAGGGAUGUAAUUUCCCACCGGUGGAUUCGGACGGGUUGGAGGUUGUGUUUCGCAUCAAAAACGUGAGCCGGGAGCACGGCGGGAGCUACAACUGCUCCUAUCACAGCAGAUCGGAGCCGUCCGCCGUGUCGUACCCCAGCGAACCCAUGGAGCUGGUGGUGAGAGAUCCCAGCUUACCCAGACCCAACAUCUCUCUGAGCCCCACGUGGGUCAUGGCCCCAGGGGCAGACGUCACCAUCCGGUGUCAGGGGCAGAGCCAGGACAUGAGGUUCUUCCUGCACAAGGCUGGAGACCGGAACCCGCAGCAACACAUGGACCCUGCUGGGAACGUGGCCGAGUUCCGUGUCCCCAGCGUGGGCCGGCAGCACGGAGGGAGCUACAGCUGCAGCUACCGGCCCCGGUCAGAGCCCUUCGUGUCCUCGCAGCCCAGCGACACCGUGCAGCUGGUGGUAACAGAGCCCAGCUACCCCAAACCCAACAUCACCCUGAGCCCCGGCAGGGGGGUCUCCCUGGGGGGAGCCGUGACCGUCCGGUGUCGGGGGCAGCACCAGGGCGUGCAGUUCGUGCUGAAUGAAGAGCGACGCCAUUUCACACCUCUGGAUUCGGAGGGGUUGGAGGUUGUGUUUCUCAUCAGCGACGUGAGCCGGGAGGACGGCGGGAGCUACAACUGCUCCUAUCACAGCAGAUCGGCACCGUUCGCCGUGUCGUACCCCAGCGACCCUGUGGAGCUGGUGGUGAUAGGGGAUGACUCCCUUCCUGUGUGGGGCUUGGGCCCUGUGGUGCUGGGCACCAAAGACCAGCCCAUGAGUUGCUCUGUGCUCGGGGAGCUGGAUGCAGGGAACGAGGCGGGGGCCACACACGGCAUAUGA